AAUAGCAGUGAGGGGAGGGACCGUCAUGACAACGGGCGUCGGCAGGAGUUUGAUGAUACAAAGUUCAGUGGACUUUACCUUGUCACGUUCAGCUCGUCUAUCGGAAAAUUAAGAAAUGGCAGAUCUUCAGGCUAAAUUUGAUACAGCAGCAGCUGAGGUGAAGCAGCUGAAAACAAAGCCGACAGAUGAAGAGAUGCUGCAGAUCUACUCUCUAUUCAAGCAGGCCACUGUGGGUGAUGUGAAUACAGCUCGUCCAGGGAUGUUUGACUUCACUGGUAAAGCUAAAUGGGACGCCUGGGAGAAGCAGAAAGGCAAGGGCAAAGAGGAUGCAAUGAACGAGUAUGUCAACCUAGUGGAGCAGUUGAAGGAGAAAGAUGGAGCAUAACACCACCUGAUGACCAUGCAAUGGCCGGACCAACUGCUGAAUGGACUGAAACUACCACCAGUAGUCUCUCAUCCUCAUGUUGUGAAAUGCCUUAAAACCCAGGAAGUGUGCCCUUACACAACAAAUGUGAAUUUCUGGUGGACUGGUAGCUGUCUCAAUUUAGCUAACCUAAAAAACUGAUAAUAAUAUCUGAUGUGUGAUCAGACACUGUCCUCCACCAGAGUACUAUAAUGUUCUAAUUAAUGAUUCCAACCAUGUUUAUCUGCACAGUGUCCAGUCAUUUCAAUACAAAAUAUUUCUACCCUUAA